UAGACAAAACUUCAGAUUCUUUCCUCUCUUCUUUUGCUCAAAACUCAAAAGCAACCCAAAACAAAACCAAAAAAAGAUCAUUUCAAAUAUUCGAAAAACAACAAGUUUGUAACCCUAACUUUUCAAAUUCCAAUCUGUCGAAUUUGCUGCAAUUACAACAAUCUUCUAUCUCUCUCUACACAUUGCAGAUUUCAUUCGAGCUUUAUUUUAUAUCUAGAAAGUUCGAUUUUGAAUUUCGUAUUUGCAGCAUUAAUUUAAGUUACUUUUUCGUGAAAACAAAUUGAAGGAGUUUUUCGGCGAUUUCCCGAAAAUUGAAGGGUUUUCUGUAUAUUCUUCAUUCUUUGAUCUGGUGAUGAUUUAGUUCGUUGUUGCGUGGCACUUGGCAUUGACAGAUUCAGAGAAGUCGUAAAGGACUCUGUCCUUCGUGGUCGUCUGAUGGGGAGGAUAUGUCGAGAUCAGCGUUACUUUUUGUUGUUCUUGAUGGGGGCUGAGUGCUAACUGGAUAUGUGAAUUUGUGAUUUGUUCCCCAUGUUUUUUAAGUCUUGAAGUUUGUUGGUUAGCUAGUUAGGUAAUUUAUCAAGUGAAAAUGAGAGUAGCCUUUUAUAGAAGAUAGUUUGGUAUUUAUCGACCUUUAUAUGUUGCUAAAGGUUGUAUAUUGAAGAAUGGAUGAUCUUUCUGAAUUGUUGGUUGGCAAGAAUAUAAGUGAAGUGGGGGAUUCACGCUUUUUUAUUCUUUCUUGCUUCCUUGCUGGUCUUAUUGGGAUCUUGACUAUAGCGUUUACUGCUUUUCAAUGGAGAAGAAACAUCAAUUUGACUUGGAUGAAAGCUAUAGCGAGGUCCAAAAAAAAUCCCAAGUCAAGGAACAAAGCUCCUGAAGCUUCACAUACUUGGAAUUUGGAAUCUGUAACCCGUGCAAAAAAUUGGAAUUGUUGUGUAUGCUUAAAGUCCUUUACUCCUUCACAAACUCUUGGACCAACAGUGCCAUCAGACAGUUUCAUUUACCGAUGCAGCAUUUGUGGAGCAGCUUCUCACCUAAGUUGUUCCUCAAAUGCACACAAGGAUUGCAAAUGUGUUUCAAUGCUAGGCUGUGAGCAGGUUGUUCACCAAUGGGCUGUUCGAUGGGUUGAGAUUACAGAUCAAACUGAUGAAACUUCUUUCUGUAGCUAUUGUGAAGAACCUUGUAGUGCUUCUUUUCUCAGUGGAUCUCCUAUAUGGUGUUGCCUAUGGUGCCAAAGGCUAGUGCAUGUGGAUUGCCACACCAGCAUGUCUAAUGAAUCUGGUGAAACAUGUGAUCUUGGUCCUUUGAGAAGGUUGAUUUUAUCUCCGCUGUUUGUCAGGGAACUGAGCCGGUCAUCUUCAGGUGGAAUUUUGAGCUCAAUUACUCAAGGUGCAAAUGAAAUUGCUUCCACUGUACGUGGGCGUAUUAGAAGUCAAAGCAAAAAGCAUAAAUAUAAAAAUGGAUCUUCAACUGAUCAGGGAACUGGUAGUACUGCUUGUGAUGCAUCAACUGAUAGUACUUCAGGUACUAAUCUAACAGUUAAUGGAUCUCAUAUUGUGGAGGACAACUGUAUCGGUAAUGGCAGCACAGGAGAUCAAAAUUGUAAUGGAGAUCUAGAUAAACAUACAGAUCUAAAACCUGAUCUUAGGAGAAAUACAUCAAUUACUCAGAGAGAUGAUCAAAUUGUUCAAAAACAGAGAUACGUAAUCCUUGAUCUGCCAGCUGAUGUCAGGCCUCUGUUGGUGUUCCUCAAUAAGAAGAGUGGGGCACAGCAAGGAGACUCCCUCCGUGUGCGCUUAAAUAUGCUACUCAAUCCUGUUCAGGUUAUUGAGUUGGGCCCGAAUCAAGGACCUGAGGUCGGCUUGUACAUGUUCCGAAAGGUGCCGCAUUUUAGAAUACUUGUCUGUGGAGGAGAUGGAACUGUUGGUUGGGUCCUAGAUGCUGUAGAUAAACAGAAUUUUGUUUCUCCUCCCCCAGUUGCAAUUCUUCCAGCAGGGACAGGAAAUGAUCUUGCAAGAGUUCUUUCUUGGGGUGGUGGUUUGGGCUCAAUAGAGAGACAAGGAGGCCUCUGCAGAGUACUAGAUGAUAUAGAGCAUGCUGCAGUGACCAUUCUUGACCGAUGGAAGGUAGCUAUAUUAAAUCAGCAGGGAAAACAACUUCAACCUCCCAAAUUUAUGAACAACUAUCUAGGGGUUGGUUGCGAUGCGAAAGUUGCUUUAGAUAUACAUAAUAUGAGGGAAGAAAAUCCUGAGAAGUUCUACAGCCAGUUUAUGAACAAAGUCCUUUAUGCUAAAGAAGGAGCAAAGAUUAUCAUGGACAGGAUAUUUGAAGAUUUCCCUUGGCAAGUUCGUGUAGAGGUAGAUGGUGUUGAGAUCGAAGUCCCUGAGGACGCAGAAGGUGUUCUUGUGGCAAACAUUGGAAGCUACAUGGGGGGUGUGGACUUGUGGCACAACGAAGACGAAAGUUUUGGCAAUUUUGAUCCACAAUCAAUGCAUGAUAAGGUUUUGGAAGUUGUGAGCAUAUCAGGGACUUGGCAUUUGGGAAAGCUCCAGGUGGGGCUCUCCCGAGCACAGAGACUUGCACAAGGGCAAUCCAUCAAGAUUCAGUUAUUUGCUGCAUUGCCUGUCCAGAUAGACGGGGAACCAUGGCUGCAGCAACCUUGUACACUGCACAUCUCUCAUCAUGGCCAGGCUUUCAUGUUGAAGAGGGCUGCCGAGGAACCAUUUGGUCAUGCUGCUUCUAUACUCACAGAUGUGUUGGAAAAUGCAGAAUCUAGUCAUGUAAUUAGUGCUGCACAAAAGCGAGCGCUUCUGCAAGAAAUGGCGUUACGUUUGUCCACAUAAAUGUCUCUUGUAAUUUCGGUGCUUGGUUGUUUGUAGAGUGAAAUUUUGGCUGUGUAUAGCUGGCUCAUCCAUCUGUUUGUUGUAGGUUUCAGGAAAGGCAUGCAUGCGUGUGCAGGAUCCUUUCCCUGUUGUGUUUCGGGAAAUUUUUGUUAUCCUUUUCCCUUGAUUGCUAAAUGCAUAUCUGAUGUACAGGAGUAAAGCGUUUCAACAAUGAAAGUGGUUAUCAUUUUGGGAUC